AUGGAGGAGCAGCGCCAACCUUCUCUUCCAGCUGAUAGUGGCAGUGAUACCGUCCAAGUCGCAGACGUUGUCGUGCUCUCAACGGAAGAGCUGACCCCUGUUCCGGAAGCUUCAAGCGCGUCGGUGGAUGACAGCGUGCACAUUCUGACCAAGACGACAACGGACUGGCUGCAGCUGUACGAAGCUGUCGUGAUGCUGCGCCGGAUCGUAGUGCACCACAGCGAGGCGAUCACCACCAAGCACGUCGAGGAGUUCCUGCGACCGCUUGCGCUGGAGUGCGACAGUCUCCGCUCGACUCCGUCGAAGAACGGCCUGCUGGCAUGUGCGGAAUGCUUCCGGUUCCUACCUCGAUCGGUUCUGGAGCGUCCGUUGCUCGGCGGUGCACACCCGGAGGUGUUGGACGUCCUCCUCCGUCGCUCGGUUUGUGAGAAGAAAUUCCUGCGUGACGCGGCGGCGACUGCAGCUGAGGAACUCGCAGCUCACUUGGCUGGACUGCCGCUUCUCGCUGCUGCUGCGCGGUAUGGUACCAACAAGAAUGGCAAGCUGUGCGGGACGGCCGCGAAGAUCAUAGCGUUGAGCAGCGAGUCUUUGCGAUCGGUGUAUCGAGCGUUGGCAGCCUUCCGAGAGAGCAAGGACGGCACGGCACGCGCUGAAGCUACAGCGAGUUUCCAGCGACUGGGCGAGCUGCUGGGUGCGCAGGAGCUCGAGUUGGGCUUGAAGGACGCGUUACCAGGCGCUGGCCAGGCCGGAGUCGUGGCUCGCAUCCUGAAAGACGCGUUUCCUCGGACCAACGUCGCCAAGGCGCGUGAGGUAGGACGCCAACGGACGAGCAGGGACGGUAGUAAGACGGUAAUAAAUCGAGGACUUCAAGAAAUCAGUGACGUGUUGCCUUGA